AUGAUAAGAUUAUUGACGAUUCUUCUUAUUCUUAUUGAUUCGAAUGUUAUUUCGACUAAAAAUGAUCGAUUAAAUUCUUUGGAAGAAAAUUUACUUUAUUCUCAUUUGAAAGAUUCGACGAAUUUGAAAUUAUUUUACGAAAAAUUAAUUCAAUCAGAUGAACACGAUAAACAACAAAAUCAAAAUCAAGCAAAUGAUUCCAAUCAAUGUUUUUCAUCGUCAAAUGAAAUAUUGAACAAAUUUCAUUUAAAUGAAAAUUCAAGUUUAUCAAAAGAAGAUCUUCAGCGUUUAACACCGAUUUUAGCCACAAUGAAAUUGAAUCCAUCGUGUCAUAAAAUUCGAGAAUCAUCAAAAUGGAAACAUUUUCUAUUUGGUUUAAUCUCAGUGACUUUGAUUAAUUUAACUGCUUUAUUUGGUGCCAUUAUUUUACCUUUUCGAAAAAAGCCGAUCUUCAAAUGGAUUUUAUCCUCGUUUAUUGGUUUAGCGGUAGGGACACUUCUUGGAACAGGAAUAUUUCAUUUAAUUCCAAUGGGAUUUGAUGUUGAAUCUUAUGAUAAAGAAUCAACAUUUAUUAAUAAAGGUCUUGUAGGAUUAAUAAUUAUAUAUUUAUUUUUUAUGCGUGAUCAAUUAUCAACGAUAUUUUUUCAUAUUCAAACGACAAUUCCAACACAUGAUCAUGUUGAUGAAGAUAUUUCGCCAAUUCUUCAUCAGAAAAAUACAAAAAGUUUGAAAGAAAAUCUCCAACAAAUGAAACCAAUUGGAUGGAUGAUAUUAAUUGGUGAUACUCUUCAUGGAUUUAUUGAUGGAUUAACCAUUGGUGCUAUUGCAAUGGUUUCAAUCAGUAAUUGUCUUCGAAUGACAAUUUCAAUCGUUUGUGAAGAAUUUUCUCAUAAACUUGGCGAUACAGCGAUUUUGUUGAGUAGUGGUCUUCCAAUAAAACAGGCUUUGUUGAUGAAUUUCAUAUCUGCAUGUGGAAUUUAUCCAGGAUUUUUUAUUGGAGCUAAAUUAGGAGAAUUAGAAAAUUUUCAUCCUUGGAUUUGUGCUUUAGCUGGAGGAAUGUUUGUUUAUAUUGGAUUAGCAGAUAUGAUUCCUGAAUUGAUUUCUAUGGGAGAGGAAAUUGAAAAAGAUACUUUAAAAGAAAACAAACCAAUAUCAAGAAUAUUGAAAACGAAAAUUUUAUUAACACAAAAUCUUGGAGUUAUUACAGGUGUUGCAUCGAUGUAUUUAUCAGCAAAAUAUGGAGAUUUUCUUGAAAGUUAUUUUUAA